CAAACACAGAUGAAGAUAACAGCAAACCAGACCAAGAAAAACAAAAACAUGAAGAGCACCACAUAGCCAAAACUAAACGAUUUCACUCUAUCCAUAAACUCAUCAAUGGCUACCUCACUUUCUUUUACCAAUUUCCUCUCUUUUCUCAUACCCACAAACCCUCCUCCAAAACCCACCUCCCAGCUCGCUUUAUCUUCCCCAUUAACUCACUCCUUAUCCCAAAAAUCCAAGUCCAAGUUAAUUUCAUCAGCAGCUCAAGAUGGCCAUUCUGGUUCUGAAUUAUCAUCAGUUAUUAACCCAGCUUUUGCUAAUGCAAAUACCCUCUUCUUCACCUCUGCGUAUAAUGUGCAGGUGAUAGUGGACGAUAAUGAGAAUGAAGAGAGGCUGUUGAAUAGGUUUAGAAGAGAGGUUAUGAGGGCUGGUAUUAUUCAAGAAUGUAAGAGGAGGAAAUACUUUGAGAAUAAACAAGAUGAGAAGAAACGUAGGACCCGUGAAGCUGCUAAGAGGAACAAGAAAAGGCGCACAAGAUUUAUACCACCAAACCGGCAGGAAACUGUGGCGACCAAGAAGGAUGUGGAUGAUGAUGAUAACUGGGAGUUGCCCGAAGGAAACCUUCCAUAUUAAACUAUUCACGUUGCCUAUUGACCGCAGAAUUUUUCACAUUUGAUAGUGAGAGGCUUGUUUUUCCAGUUGUUCGUACAUCAUGUCGUUUGACGUCCUUUUCCAUUCUCAUUUCGUUACAUUUUGUAUCUAAGGUAAAUGCUCUCACUCUUGAAUCAAUCCGAGGCAUACUAUGCAAUAGGUUCCAUUCAUUUCUAA